GCCUGUGACAUCCCAGGACUGCUGGCUGCUUCCUUUAGCACAGGGCUCUGAGCUGCUUUGUGAGAAGAGGGUUUUUUUGGUCCAAUUGGACACAGGAGCUAAGAUGAGAAACACACAGCUUCCCUUAAGGAAAGGAAAUCUCAGAGUGGUUGAAGAAAAGCUUGUCUUGCUGGGUAGCUUUGUGUAGCCUUGAUUUGCUUCAUUCAGUCCUAACUCGGGAUCUUUUCUGAAUCCCUACUAUGUGCUAGGCUCAGAGAUGAUGGAGGGAUGGGGUCACAGGAGGAGAGAGAAUUUCCACUGUAGGUGCUUGGGGCUGGGCGGCUUGGAGGAGUACAUGGAAGAGACACCAGAGCUGGAGAUCAGAGAACCGCAAAAUGCCAGAGAGCGUGCAAAGAGGGGCCAGACCUCUCAGCUGCAGCCGUCCAUACAAGAUGCCUCGCAUUUGCUCGGAGCCACCCCUGCAGAGUUCAGCAGACGUUUCUUUAAUGUGACGCUAGAGGUCUGGCUUAGUGCAGUGGAGUGAUCUGCUGCUGCUGCUGCUGCUGCUGCUGCUGCUUGUCAUUUAUUUAUUCUCCCUCUUUGAACUGGGCCCUGCCCCGCUCCCGCUGGCAUGAUGGCCCAGUCCAAGGCCAAUGGAUCCCACUAUGCGCUGACCGCCAUCGGCCUGGGGAUGUUGGUCCUCGGGGUCAUCAUGGCCAUGUGGAACCUGGUGCCUGGGUUCAGUGGGGCCGAAAAGCCUACAGCUCAGGGCAACAAGACCGAGAUAGGCAGCGGCAUCCUGAAGAGCAAGACCUUCUCUGUGGCCUACGUGCUGGUCGGGGCCGGCGUGCUGCUGCUGCUGCUCUCCAUCUGCCUGAGCAUCCGCGACAAGAGGAAGCAGCGGCAGGGUGAGGAGAUGGCCCGCAUCCAGCACCAGACGGGGGUCGUGCCUCCCACCCAGGAGGAAGACAGCCAAGAGGAGGAUGAGGAAGAGGCUGCCUCCAGGUACUACGUCCCCAGCUAUGAGGAAGUGAUGAACACAAACUACUCAGAAACAAGGGAAUUGGACCAGAACCCAAGGAUGAGCAUCUCUCUGCCCUCAUAUGAGUCAUUGACAGGGCUUGACGAGACGACACCCACAACUACAAGGACCGAGGUGGAGACCAGCCCAGGGAAUCCCCCUGACAGGCAGAACUCGAGGCUGGCCAAACGCCUGAAACCACUGAAAGUUCGAAGGAUUAAAUCUGAAAAACUCCACCUCAAAGACUUUAGGAUCAACCUCCCAGACAAAAAUGUCCCUCCUCCCUCCAUUGAGCCUUUGACUCCUCCGCCACAGUAUGACGAAGUCCAGGAGAAGGCCCCCAAUGCCCGGCCACCUGACUGAACAUCCCACUUAUGCUGUGUUCCCUCCUGUCUCUCACACCCUCCACCCCAAAGGACUGUCACAAAGCCACUUAAGUCACAGCUGAGACGCGGAGGGGCCAGAUGCACACUCUGCAGCUCAGACGGGUGGGGAGGGAUUCUGUGUCAGGGGUGACUCUGCCCCUCCGAAGCCUCGUGUAGCAGGUGCAUCAGCAAGAGAUGCUGAUUGGAGCUCGACCUCCUGCAGAGCGGGGUCAUGUGGCCCAGGGGCGUGGCAUGGCAUCUUCCCCAUUCCUCCCUCAACUCUGACUGUUGGUGACGCACUCCUCCUCCCAGCUGGGAAAGGAUGCCCAGUGCCUGGUUGAGACUGCUCGUUUGGCUUCCACUUCCACUAGACUGUUCUGUUUCAGGAAGAAAACAAGCUUCGUUUCUGCUUGCUUUACCAGAGUACUGAGCUAUGGGUAGGAAAUCCGACCUCCACUCUGUAGAAAGUACACAGGGCCAUUAUGUGAAUUAAGCAGUGGGCCCAGUUGGCGGCUCUCUCAGCGCCCCUGAUGCUGUCAGUUCUUUGAGGGCCUAAUGCCUGAUGAACUUCAGCUCACGAUGCAUGAGGAAAUCGUGUUCAUCGGUACACUCUACUAGUCUCUUCAGUGUAAUGGCAAAAAAGAAAACUCUAGGAGAUGUUCUGUUCCCUCUGAAAUGUCAUGCAACUGAGCUUUUUGUAAUAAAAUAUUUUAUAUGUAUA